UCCCGGCACCUGGGGAGGGUGGCUGGGCGCCGAGUUCUCUCUGAUCAGAGCCGGACUCCACGGUGUGGGCGCCGCCCCGGCUGCUGCAGCAGCGGGAGGAGCUGGUCACCAUGCUGGGCAUCAUCACAAUCACAGUUGGCCAGAGAGAAUCCGAAGAUGUGAAUGAAAGAGGUUCAGAUAAAGAGAUGGCUGCCAACUCAUCGGUUGUUCAGGACAUCACAAAGGAUGGGCAGGAGGAAAUGCCUGAAAUAAUUGAGCAGAUUCCUUCUUCGGAAAACAAUUUAGAAGAACUAACGCAGCCUGCUGAGUCCCAGACUAAUGACGUUGGAUUUAAGAAGGUGUUUAAGUUUGUUGGCUUUAAAUUCACUGUGAAAAAGGAUAAGAGCGAGAAGUCUGACACGGUCCAGCUACUCACUGUCAGAAAAGAGGAAGGUGAAGGAGCAGGAGAAGCAGAGGGGGCUGGUGACCACCAAGAGCCCAGCCGGGAGGCGGGAGAAGCAACACACAAAGAAAGUGAACUGAAACAAUCCACAGAGAACCCCGAGAAGCCUCUGCAACCCGAGCAGAGCAGCACGGAGAUUUCUCUUCAAGCUGAGUCUGGUCAAGCAGCCGAGGAAGGCAAAGAUGGAGAAGAAAAACAAGAAAAAGAACCCACCAAAUCUCCAGACUCUCCAACCAGUCCAGUGGCCAGCGAAACGGCGUCACCCUUCAAAAAAUUCUUCACUCAAGGCUGGGCUGGCUGGCGCAAAAAGACCAGUUUCAGGAAGCCCAAGGAGGAUGAGCUGGAAGCUUCGGAGAAGAAAAAGGAACAAGAGACAGAAAGAGUCGACACAGAAGAAAAGGAAAAGACAGAAGAUACCUCUGAGAAACUGGCUGCUUCGGAACAACCACAGCCACAGGAGGCCACAGAGAGUGUCCACGAUGCCAGAUUAUCAGCUGAGUAUGAAAAGGUGGAGCUGCCCUCUGAAGGUCAAGGGCAGGCAUCUCCUGAAGAGAGAUCUGCCCCUUUGGCAACAGAAAUAUUUGAUGAAAAGGUAGAGAUUGUUGCAGAAGUCCACGUGAGCACGGCGGAGAAUGCAGAGGAGCAGAAAGCUGAGGUGGAGGGAACAGAAGAGCCCCAACCGGCUGAGAAAUUGGCUGAAACCAACGCUGGGCCGCAGGAAGCCGAACCUCCAGUGUGUGCGCCUGGAGGGGACCACACCCAGCCCCCCGAACCAGGUCCUGAGGAGCAAGCGCUGUCUGCCCAGCCGGAAGGCAUCGUGAGCGAGGUGGAGAUGCUGGCAUCCCAGGAGAGAGUGAAGGUGCAGGGAAGCCCGCUGAAGAAACUUUUUACAAGCACUGGCUUGAAAAAGCUCUCCGGGAAGAAGCAGAAAGCGAAGCGAGGAGGAGAUGAAGAGUCGGGGGAGCAGCACGCGGCCCAGGCGGACUCUCCGGAUAGCCCUGAUGAGCCAAAGGGCGAGAGCUCUGCUUCCUCCCCGGAGGAGCCCGAGGAGAUUACGUGCUUGGAGAAAGGGAUCGCGGAGGCACACCCGGAGGGGGAAGGCGAAGAGGGAGCCACUUCCGAUGGAGAAAAAAAGAGAGAAGGUGUGACUCCCUGGGCAUCUUUCAAAAAGAUGGUGACGCCCAAGAAACGUGUUAGAAGGCUUUCGGAAAGCGACAAGGAAGAGGAGCUGGAGAAGGUGAAGAGCGCCACGCUGUCUUCCACGGAGAGCGCGGCCUCGGAGAUGCAAGAGGAGGGAAAAGGACACGGGGAGGAGCCGAAGCCCGAAGAGCCGAAGCGCAAGGUUGACACUUCGGUGUCUUGGGAAGCUUUGAUUUGUGUGGGAUCGUCCAAGAAAAGAGCAAGAAAGGCAUCCUCUUCCGAUGAGGAAGAGGGACCGAAACCGAUGGCAGGAGAAGGCCCCAAGCCAGAUGAAGCAGGAAAAGACAGAGAGGCAGGACCGGAGGCUGUCCCCGCAGGUUCCCAGGAGCACGACCCAGGGCAGGGAAGCUCCUCCCCUGAGCAAGCGGGAAGCCCCUCGGAAGGGGAGGGCGUUUCCACCUGGGAGUCCUUUAAAAGAUUGGUCACCCCGAGGAAAAAAUCCAAGUCCAAACUGGAAGAGAAAACCGAAGACCCUGGAACGGGGGCCGGUGCAGAACACUCAGCGGCAGAGGUGGAACCCGGGAAGGAAGAAUCUUGGGUUUCAAUUAAGAAAUUUAUUCCUGGCCGGAGGAAGAAAAGGUCGGAUGGGAAACAAGAUCACGCCACUGCCGAGGAUGCGGGGCCGACAGAAGUCAACGAAGAUGAUUCCGACGUCCCGGCCGUGGUCCCUCUGUCCGAGUACGAUGCCAUGGAGAGGGAGAAAAUGGAAGCGCAGGAAGCCCAAAAGAGGGAGGAGAAGGCCGAGCAGAAGGGGGCGGUUUCUGUGUCGGAGGAGCUCAGCAAGAGUCUGGUUCAUACCGUGACUGUGGCGGUCGUCGAUGGGGCGAGGGCCGUGACCCAUAUGGAAGAAAGGUCGCCUUCUUGGAUCUCUGCUUCGGCGACAGGGCCCCUCGAACAAGCCGAAGAGGAAGCUGGGCCACCCCCUGCAGGGGUGUUGGAAAGAGAGGUCAGGGCAGAGGACAGCCCCGUCGUCACCCAAGCCCUGCCUGAGAGCCGAGAUGCCGGUGAGGACGCCCUCACCAGUGAGGUGGAACCCACUCCCGAGGCCGUGACAGCUGUGGAACCCACGGAGGCAUUUGGUGCCGAGGAGGCGACCGAAGCAUCUGGUGCCGAGGAGACCACCGACAUGGUCUCGGCCGUCUCCCAGUUAAGUGAGUCUCCAGACACCACCGAGGAGGCCACGCCAGUGCAGGAGGUGGAGGGCGGCGAGCCCGACGUGGAGGGCCAGGAGAGGCGGACCCAGGAGGUCCUGCAGGCGGUGGCGGAAAGGGUUAGAGAAGCGUCACAGCUCGAUGUCAGGGGCCCGGGAGCCGAGAUUCACACAACGCGGAAAGAGGGAUCCCAGCUGCCAGUGGUGGGGGAGACCGAAGAGGACCCUCCCGUGUCGGAGCUGAAGGAAGAGGUGGACGUGGUGUUGCAGGGACACGCAGGAGAAACAAAAGCUGAGACUCUGACACCAGGGGAGGUCUUUGGACAGGCCGCCCCAGAACACACUAGAGAAGUCCCUCAAGUCCCCGAGAGCGUCGAGUCCAGCGAGCUCAGAACCCCCUGCCAAACCGAAACCGUGGUUGGGGUAAAAUCAGAGAUCGUCCUGGAACAGGCUGUUGGCCCCGACUCAGCCGAAACUCUCACAGACAGCGAGACCAGUGGAAGCACCCCCGUGGCCGACUGUGAGGCUCCCCGUGCCACGCAGCAAGUCAAGGUCAUGGAAGUCCACGCAGAGGGUGAAGGUGCAUCCGGUACGAAAUCGCAGGUCACGGAGGCCCAGGCAGCUCCUGCACCGAAAGAGAUGCCCCCAGCACCCUCUGGGCUUCAAUUCCAGGAAGAAAAGAAAGAACACUCAGAAAUAGAAGGGGGUCCAGAGCAUACGGAUAAAGAGGUAUCAGUGGAGACUGUACCCAUUCUUUCAAAGGCUGAGGCGACUCAGGAGGCUGGCCAGUUUGCUGAUGAGGAAACCAGAGACGUACCCUUCGUUCAAGGACUUGAAGUGUCUGCAGACACAGAAAUGACAGCUGGACAGAAAAAGGCCAUUGAAGUCGCCCUUAAAGAUGAAGUUACUGAAGAAGCUGAUUGUCAAAAGAAUGAAAAUACUGAAUUCCAGAGUCCUGCUCAGUCUCUUCCAGCCCCAGGGGAGAGAGAGAUGGUAGUGCAAGUGGAAAGGGAGGAAGCGGAAGCCGAGGCAGCCCGAGUGAGUGAAGAGAAGCUUGAGGCAAAACCAGCCGAAGUGCUCAGCGAGCAGCUGGUCCACACGGUUCAUGUGACCGUCAUCGACGGGGAGAAGGAAGUUCUCCAUUUUGAAGAAAGUUCUCCUUGGCUAGUUCAAGUCUGCACAGACAGUCAAGUUCAAAGCUCGGAGGCAUCAUUACCUCUAACAGCUGUCGUUGUGGAGAAGAAGGUCUUAGGAGAAACCGUCAAGCUUUUAGAAGCAGCUGGACCUUUGGAGUCUGCAGAUGCACGUUUGGAACCGGAAGCGAGGCCCUCUGACCAAGAAGACGUUAUGGAUCAGCCCGGGGAAGAUGCAGCGCCCACAGGCCCUGCGUCUCCGGCAGAAUCGGCCCCGGUCGUCAUACCCGCCGCCCCUGCAAAAGGCGUCUGUGCUGACCUGGAAGGAGAUAAAACCACCUCCCAGGAAGGGAAGUCCGAAGAAGACUUCGAGCAGGUUAGCGGGCAGGGAGACAGAGUGAGUGAAACGAGAGAGGAAGGUUUAAAGGCCGAAAAGGAGAUUUUGCAGCUUAAGACUGAGAGCCAUAAACUUGUGCAAAACGUCAUUCAGACAGCCGUUGACCAGUUGGUAAGCACCGAAGGAACACCCACCGACUGCCAGACACCGGCCCAGCUGGCAAAGGCUGACCAUCAGGAGGCUGAACAGAAAAUUGAAAAAGAAGAAAGGGAACUUCAGGGCUCCGCAGAGGCUGGGGCAGCCCAAGAGGAGUCCACACUGACCACCGUGGGACAAACCCCCUCAGAUAUUUCCAAAGACGCGAAUGCAGCUGCAGAGGAGGUCACGGCCGUUGAGGUCAAAGGCUCCCCAGUAAAUGACCAGCUGCCUGAAGAGCUCGUUCUCCCAACCCAGGAAAAGAGAGAAGCAACCGGAACCAAGUGUGUGCCAGAAUUGGGUGAUCGUGCCGGCUUAGGAGAAAGAACAGAGAAUGAACCCCAAGAAGAUGAAAAACGUGACGCUGUCCAUUACCCUGAGAACCAAAUCUCAGCCCUGGUAGACCCCGAGGCCUCGGGAGACUUAACCAAAGAGUCCCCGGAUGCAAAUGGACCAAAACUAAAAGAGAAAGAAGUGGGAUUUCAGGAAGGAAAAGGGCCGAGCGAGCCAGAAAAAGAGAUCAAAACACAAACACAGGAGGAGGCGCAGGAACAAGAGAGGCAGCCAGCAACGCCAGAACUUGCGGAACCCUAAGACGUCAUUUACACGAGUGUCUUUGCAAGACCAGAAUGUGAAGACAAGUGGUAGAAGAAAAUGAAUGCUGCUGAUGACACUCAAGACCAAGAUUUCAGAACUUUGAGAUCCCAAGAACAGGCCCGCCAACCGAUCUCAUUCCCAGAGAACCCCGACAAUCCUGAGGCUGCUUCGGGAGCUAGAACCAGUUCCUCCUCAAGACCGCCUGCCGCGUCCCCUUGAUGCCAUAUCGUGUUUCUCAUCCGAGGUCCUGAAUUCUUCACCUGGAACUGGAGUUGGCAAUACCUAGUUCCACUUCUCAAACUGGAGUAUCAUUCUUUAUGUAUUUAUAUGUAUGUCUUAAGUAAUCCUCCUCCUGUAUCUAUUGUAUAUUUUUUCCUACUGUUUAAGGAGAUGUGCGGUAGAGUACACUUCCGAUGUACCCCAGUCUGUGAUGGGGCAUGGGCCAUAGUGUCGCCUCGGCAGCUCUGAGCCUCCAGUAGGACCUGUGAAAACAGCUUCCUAGAAUAACAUUCCUGAGCAGAAGCUACAUUCUCACUUUAAAAUUCCCUAAGGACGAGGCCCGUGUUUAGUAUUACUCUGAAGUCGGUCACUUUCCUCUGAUGCACAGUGUGCUAAAAAUGAAAAGCAUCUUUAGGGCGGAAACAUACAGAAUGUUCUGUGGUUACUGUGAAAUUUUUCUUUCAAGCCCAGUGGAGGAUGGAAGUUUUUUUUUUUUUUUUCAGUAGUAGAUUAACUUCCAGUCUUUUCUCCUAAUUGUUAUGGUGGUUUGGACAGAUGUGGGCUUAAUCCUGAGGCAAAGUAGUGAAAUGUUUUUCAUACUCUCAAGAAAAGGAUUGACUGUAAGUUUUGGGUUCCACCCUUACAUGCGGGACCACAUUCCCACACAGCAUGAAGCAAGUCAGGCUCUUUACAAUGGCGUUUUGAUAGAUGCUGGAUUGUGUCUGUGCCAUAUUUGUGCCCACUCUUUUAGAACAAUGUUGCAUUAUGUUCAUUUGGAUAAACUGUGAUUUGACAACUGAUUUACUAGUAAAUAUUUGCUUCACUUAGAUUUGCUGGUUUUAUUAGAUACUAGGAAGGCUGAGAUCCAUGUUUCCUGCCUUCUGCAAGCAGAAUAAGCUAGAGCUUUCUAAUGUAGUUGCUGUAUGGCAUGACCACUUCAUACCGGUUUGACUUCAUGUUCAGAGGAAGUCAUAGCAGAUAGGUGUCUGCCAAAAUAAACCAGGGGCUUUUCAGAUGGACGGUACUGAUACAAUGCUACCAUCUGGUGGUAUCUUCCUGAAAAGGUCAAUUUUCUGCAUUAAUGUUUGUUCAUGAUGAGUGUUUCUAGAAAGAAAUUUUAAGAAGGCUUUGUAGUAAAAUUGCCUUGCAACAGGUGAUCUUGGGAUUUUUCUAAAUGUUAAAAAUGAUGUCUGAUUCUUGCUAAUACAUAAAGGAUUCUGUUGAACAGUUGCCACACAAAGAAUAGUCCGUUAUCUACCCUAAAAUUCCACUUUUCUGCAGGUAAACUGGCCUGGCAAAUACACUUUUAAAAUUUUACUCCAGCUCGGUACUCCCAGUUUGAGAACUUAAUUUCAAUGGCCAAUUGAUUUUAAAGGAUAACAUUCUAGAAAGACUAGAAUAGCCUUUUAACA